CAUAUACAAUGGAUAGUCUGUCAAUGUUAUGAAAUAUCGGCUACAACUUUUGUGAUGAACAACACAUGUGGAUUAUCGGAUUUGCCCGAUGGACAUCUGCUACAGCCGGUCUGGGACCAUCUUCGGCGCAGACAAGAGUUGCUCUUGUCACCUUAUCUGCCCGCAAGCUUCGCACUACUUGCCCACUUGUUGUUUUGUGCACCUUUUCUCGCAUUAGACGUCCUUGGGCACUGCUGGCCGGCAGUACAUCGUUUCAGGAUCGCUGGCAGUAGCACCAUACCCGUGUGCUUACGGCGCUGGUUCGACUGUUUUGUCAGGAUACUUUUGAAGUACCUGACCUGCGUCAUCCCGGCGACUGCGCUUCUUCAGCAGUUUCGGACAAGAAGACUGCCGGCCGUUGCUCCUUCCUGCUGUCAGGCAUUGUGGGAAAUUAUUUUGUGUUUGCUCCUGUUCGACACCUUUUUCUACUUCUGGCACAUCAUCGUGCACAGGGUUCCUUGGCUGUACCAGUGGGUCCAUCGGACACAUCACUAUAACUGGGACACUUUUGCCCUGGUGGCCCAAGAUGCCAGCAGGACUGAGCUGUUGUCCCUCCAAAUACUGGCACUCUCCAGUGCUGCUGUAGUUGGCUGCCACCCUUUGAGUGAGAUUUUCUUCCACUUGCUCAACACAUGGCUGGCAGUGGAGGACCACUGUGGCUAUGACCUGCCCUGGGCCCUCCACCAUUUCCUUCCAGGUGUUGGUGGGGCUCCCUUCCACCAAUUACACCACCAGAAAUUCCGGGGAAACUACGCUCCCUAUUUCAAGCACUGGGACCAGCUCUGUGGGACCUAUCUGACGGAGGAAGUCACUUAA